AUGAACAACUACACCUCUGUGAAGGAGUUCAUCCUGUUGGGACUUCCUCACACUGAAGGGCUGGAGAAUAUGAUCUUUGUCCUGUUUCUGGCCUUCUAUCUCUUUGCCUUGCUGGGGAACCUGCUCAUCUUUGUCACCAUUCUGGCUUCAUCCAGCCUGCACACCCCCAUGUACUUCUUCCUGGGAAACCUGUCAGUGUUUGACAUCUUCUUCCCUUCUGUGAACUCCCCCAAGAUGAUGGUCUCCCUGGCGGGGCGAAGCCGCACCAUCUCUUACCAGGGCUGUGCCUCCCAGGUCUUCUUCUACCACACUCUGGGUGGCACUGAGUGUUUCCUGUACACAGUGAUGGCCUAUGACCGCUUUGUGGCCAUUUGUCACCCCAUGCGCUACACUGUCAUCAUGAACCAGAGGAUGUGCACCAGCCUGACAGUGUGCACAUGGCUGGGGGGCUGUGUGCAUGGGAGCAUCCUCACGUUUCUCAUCUUUAAGUUGCCCUACUGUGGGCCCAAUGAGGUGGACAGCUUUUUCUGUGACAUUCCAGUGGUGCUGUCCCUGGCCUGUGCAGACACUUCUCUAGCACAGAUGGUGAGUUUCACCAACAUAGGUGUGGUUGCCCUGGUGUGUUUUCUUCUUAUCCUCCUUUCUUACACCCGCAUUGUUCUCUCUAUAUUGAGAAUCCGUUCCUCUGAAGGCAGGCGCAGAGCCUUCUCCACCUGCAGUGCCCACCUGACCUCCAUCCUCUUGUUCUAUGGACCUGUGUUUCUUGUCUAUCUCAGACCUGCUUCCAGCCCCUGGCUAGAUUCUGUUGUUCAGGUGUUAAACAGUAUUGUCACCCCUUCCCUCAAUCCUUUGAUUUAUUCUUUGAGAAACAAGGAUGUGAAAAUGGCCCUGAGGAAAGUGUUAUUUCAUGUGAUCCACCCUUCUGUGUUAUAA